AUGAAAUCAUCAUCGUCAUGUCCAAUACACUCGUAUCAAUAUUGGAUAUCUAAAAGAGUACAUCAAUUCCUAUCGUCAAAGUACUUGACUCGUUUAUCCAUCAAGCUCAAUGAAGAGUGUUGGGAACACCUCAACCAUCAAUAUUGUCCAAUCAAAGCACCAAAGGUCGUCACCUUGUAUCGUACAAAGUAUUCUAUCACCGAUGCUCCAGACACUUUAUUCAAGCAUAUCAAAUCGUUGACUGCCGAGAUGCCAGCGUAUGAGGUAUCCCAUGAAAACGAGGCCAAUAUAUACACAGAGCAAUUCAUAACAAGCUUCAGGAAUCUCACAUCGAUCGACCUACGAUUCUAUAAUUUGGGUUUACUAUCAAAGACAACGACACCAAUAACAAAACUUUUACUUCCAAGAGGGUACAAUGAAACGAGUGUCAGCGGGACACUGGCCAACAGUAUUUUAAACAGCAAUAUUAUACCAACACACCAAAUGCCAAACUUGCAAACAUUUCAUGUAGAGUAUACAUCAUCAUCAUCCAUUUCAUUUGAUGAAGAUACUUUGGUUACUAGAUUAGUGGUCCACGAUUCAUUUUCUAAAAUGAAAUCAUUAAUCAACAAUAUUCCACCAACAGUCGACUUUAUUCAAUUCAAACCUACUUUUGGUGAAUUGCUCCGUCUCACAUCAAAAUUGAAUGUGGCCAAGUUAACAAUUGACGAUACUGGUGACAUCCCAGAGAAAGUAAUCAAUGCUUUUGCCUGUGAAGCAUAUCGAUAUGAAACAAUUCACAUUUACAGAAGUGCUAAACACAGUACCAACAGAAUAAUAAUAAUAAUAAAGUAUCUCUUUUAUUUAUUACCAUUUUCAAUAUUUACAAUUCAAUUAAUAUUUAAUCUUGAUUCAAAGAAAAGAGAUAAUCAAGAAACACAACAAGACGAUGGAGAAGAAUGCGAUUUAAAAGAAAUAAAGAGAAAGAAGGAACAACCAGAUAAUGAGGAGCAACAACAACAACAACCUCUUGGGAAUGAAAGUGACCUAUAUACAGAAGAUGAAUUGGAGAGUAUACCAGAAAAGGAUUUGAUUGUGAUUUGUGAAUCAUUGGUUAUACGACCGACAGAUAGAAAUGAGAUAGAUACAAAAGAUUCAAUGAUCAAACAAAUAAUCAAUGUACAAAAUGGACAAUUGGCAAUCAAGCGUAAAAUGGUAGAUGAUAACCCUUUAUACAAUUAUAAUAAGGGACAAGUUGAAUAUUCAUUACCAUGGCCAAUCAUUGGUAGAAUAUUGGAUCUAGUUUGGACUGGAACAUCUAUUUGUUAUUGUAUGGGUGAUGAAGAAAAGAACAAAGAAUCAACAACAAUGAAAUCAUCAUGUCCAUCUCACUCGUUUGAAUAUUAUACUGCGUCGUCUAAUACUUAUGGGCAUAAAUCAAUGAGACGGUGUUUUCCACUUUUGGGGGUAUCUAAAAGAGUACAUCAAUUCCUGUCAAAGUACAUGACUCGUUUAUCAUUCAAGCUCAAUGAAGAGUGUUGGGAACACCUCAACAAUCAAUAUUGCCCAAUCAAAGCACCAAAGGUCGUCACCUUGUACGAUACAAAGUAUGCUAUCGCUCAAGCUCCAGACACUUGUAUUUUCAAUUCGGUAGAGGGGCUCAAACUCCGUUUUUUUCCUCUCAAAUCACACCAGAUCAAGAAAUUGCACUUAUUCUUUAAGGAUAUCAAAUCGUUGACUGCCGAGACACCAAUGAACGAAAGAUUCCAUGAAUAUAUGUCCAAUGUGUUCACGAAACAAUUCAUAACAGGUUUUAGGAACCUCACAUCGAUCAAUUUGCGAAUAUAUCAUUCUUGUUACACUGACCUAGGCAAAUUCUUCAGUAUACUAUCAAAGACAGCAACGUCAAUAACAAAACUUUUACUUCCAAUGGGAUAUACACAAGCAAAUGUCAAAGGGGCAUUAGCCAACAGCAUUAUCAACAGCAACAUUGUACCACCAAACCAAUUGCCAAACUUGCAAACAUUCCAUGUAGAGCCACAUACAUUUUCACCCAUUUCUUUUGAUGAAAACUCUUUGGUUACGAGAUUAGUGAUCCACAGUUCAUUUUCUAAAAUGAAAUCAUUUAUCAACAAGAUUCCACCAACAGUCGACUGUAUUCAAUACAAGCCUACUUAUUGUGAAUUGAUCGGGCCCUCCGACAUUAAAGGAUUAAAUCAAUGGAAUGUAGACAAUUUAAUAAUUGACGAUAAAAAUAGCAAAAUUACAGAGAUAAUAAUCAACGCAUUUGCCUCUGAAACAUAUCAAUAUAGUAUAACAAAAUUAAAAAGAUAUUUCAGACGAUACACAUUCACCAAAGUUCGCAGAGACUCUGCGCAACCAACAGAAUAG